CAUAUCCAUUUGGUUACGUAGCAACGGACUAAUACAAUCAUUUUGAAGGUCUGUCAAAGCAGUGAAUUUUACCACUGAUUGUUUAUUUUCGAUUUAUUAUUAUUAAUAUUAUUAUUAUUUUAAAAUGACUGAAUCGUCAGAGAAUGAUUUACUUGAAGCAAUUAAAGAAUCUCUGGAGAAAGAUGGAACUCUGGGUAGAGUGAAUGGAGAAAUUAGAGCAGCUGUUAUGUCAAUUUUGAAUCGCGGUUUCGAAAAUUGCGAUCCACCACAAGUACCUGAAGAAACUAAACUCAUAAACGAACUGAUUAGAGAAUAUUUGACUUGGAAUGGGUACCUGUAUACGGAACAAAUAUUAUCAGCAGAAUCUGGCCAAAAGAACGAAAGACUGAGUAGAGACGUAUUAACAACAAAAUUUGGUGUAAUGGAUGAUGCGAAAACAGCUAAAAUACCUUUAUUAUACUAUAUUGUAUCAGCAUUUCAAAAUUUCCACUAAAAAUUAUUCGCGAUCAUAAUCCAUCUCAAAAUAAAAUGUUCAAAGCAAAUUAAGAGUACAAUUUAUUAUAUAUUAUACUUAAUGCAUAUAUUGGUUAU